UGGCGGCUGCUUUAAUAGACGUCUACGUCAUCGGUGCCCGGGGAGCAGUUCUUUGGGGUUAACUGCCUUUCUCAAGGACAGAACGGUAUAUUUUUUUCACCUUUUUUUCACCUUCACGGAUCAGGGAUUCAAACCAGCGACAUUUCGGUUACUGCCCCAACGCUCUAAACCGCUAUAAGCUAUCUGCCUACAAAGUUCACUGCAUUGAGCUCAGGCACCUAUACAUUCACCUAAGCGAAAUUGUCAAUAUGGGUACCAUGCUGGCCCUUUCUCUUCAGAGAGCUAUUCAUAAUUGAUGGGGAGACUAAAAUGAAAGUGAGAAGUGAGGCUGUCUCGACCACCUUUCAUGUCAGAUGGCCACGGGAUGAAAGGUAGAGAGAUGUGGGUGUGUGAGGUGCAGAGACUGAGACGAGAUGUGGAGAGAGUAAAGUAGACAGCAGACAGACCGACAAUGGAUUCAGAAAUGGGGGCAAGGCAUUGCUGCUGCUGCUGCUGCUGCUGCUGCUGAUGAUGAUGAUGUGGACAGAGGGACAGGAGGACCAGACUGCUGCAUUAACAAUGAAUGGAUAUUCAAUCAGACAGCUCAUUCCUGAAGUUGAGAACUGAGAAUGCAGAGAGAAUACUCCUGACCCUGGUGCCUUGUUGAACGAGAUGUUUAUGACCUAUCCGGACAUUGGUGAAGUGACUUCAGGAUUUUUAAAAAACUAAGUACAUUUAGGAAAAGUCUAACGAGGUCUUUCCUGACCAGAGGUGGUCAUUUUACCAAGUGAAAUGUUUUACCCCAUCCAAUACUAUUAAACACAGACUCCCAUCUACCACCACCUGUAAUAAGAGAAAAUGUCCCAGCCUUCCCGACACUGGCAGUUUGAACCUGUAGACAGAUCUGAUGACUUCUGCAGGCACCUUCAAGAGGGGGAGGAGGAGAGAGGAGCAGAUGUAAUCCUCCAGAGGACGGGUGAAGAGAUGAGACCCUCUAUCACCCUCUGCCCCCCACCCUUGUUCCGGAGCAUCGGACCAUCGGGGCUGUCGGCCAGCCUACCACCCCACCGACGUCUCCGCUCCAUAUUCCGCAGAUCAAGAGCGGUGCUGCCUGCGAAUACACACGCCGGCAAGGUUUCAGGAACACACACCCUCCAAGAUUUACUGUCAGGCACCCACAUCAACACACUCCCACAUCAACUGACUCACAAUGACGUAGUGUCAGAGAAGGACGUUCACAUAAACACAGACUCAGAGACACAAACACAGCCCAAGAGACUCAUGAGUGCACAUGGGCUCACUGUAUUAGAACCACCAACAGGACCUCUCACAGAUACACUCUCAUUCAUAGUCAGUGCUGAAAGCAGACAGCAGGGCGGACAGCCUUUUUCUCAGCUUUCCCCACCCCUAAGGACCCAUAUCAAAGGCAGGGCAAGAUGGGGCAGAGCAGUGUCUCCUCUUAAAAUGCGAGAUGAUCUUGGGACUGGAGAGGGAGGAGUGAAAGAGAAGCAGAAGUUGAGAAGGAGGAGGCUGGACUGUAAAGGAGAGGACCAAGCCAAUGACAGAUAUGUCCCGUCCUUCACCCCAGAGACAGAGGGAGAUGGUGGACUGUGCCAGUGGUUACAAAGUCUGGGGAUUGGAGAUAGAGAGGAGGAGGCAAUUUCCCCCAACAGAAGUAAACCGCAGCAGAGUGGGUUCAGAGAGAGGAUGGCUGAACACAGAGAGGGGUAUUCACAUCCAGCAGCCAACCACAGGAGAGACAGACGCCCCCACUUCCUCCCGCCUAUCUGUCAGUCUGGCUCUCUCCUGCAUGUACCCCUGCUGCUUCCCGAAAACUCUCCGCCACCCUCGCCAUGCACCUCCCCACACGCCCCCUUCCACCCCUUGCCUGUACCCCUCCUCCACCCUCUGCCCUUCAGGAGGAAGUGAUAUUGUCCAGCAAAGGAAAGGGGUCUCAACUCAAGAGGCCCAUUUGUGUUUACGCUGUAUGCGGUUUUCUGUCUUGUUACUUUGGCAUAUUCUGACUGACUGAUGUAAGGUUAUAUAAUGUAUUUGCCUAUAGCUCAUUACACCUACACAUCCUUAACAAGUCUUAUCCAGGUAUAAUGUAUUGCUCUUGCCUAUUAUACUGUAUGUCCUUUACAAAUAAUCACAUGAAUAGUUUCUAAGGAUAUGUUGUCCUGUCACAUUUCAAUUGCAUUAAAUUUAGCAUGUAUAGUUUGAAAGAUCCAGGGCAUUGUUGUUUCUCAGGAUUAACAUCAACAAGUGAACCAACCUCAGCGUUUCAGUAAUGAUGUGCUCUGCCUUGACCGUCUAUAGACCUUGUCCAGAUAUCCCCCGCAGAGGCCCCCCUCCCCUGAUCAGAGAGGAGGCCCAUGUUGUUUUUGAGGUGUUUGUUGGGGCCUGAACAGCGCUGUGCUCUGUGUGCAGCCUGUGGUGGGAGCUGCAUGUCAGGGCCAGAACACCGGCGUCUCAGUCCUCCUCACUGCCCGCCUCGCACAGCCUGCCGUUUAUGUGUUUACCCUCAAACGCAGUCCAAAAUGUUUGUGAGUCAGGCUCUUUUUUUAAAAAGUCCCCCCGCCCCUCUCCCAUUAGCCGCCAAACAAACAUUGCACCGGAAAUUUCAGGGAUAUCUGGGAUUUUUGAGGGAACCCAGCAGA